GACUCGGUUCGCCUCCUGGCUGUGGAGGCUUGCGUCCCCCUCUCGGAGCUCCUCCCCUCGGAGGACGUGGAGCAGUACGUGAUGGGGGUGCUGAGGCAGGCAGCGGAGGACAAGAGCUGGAGGGUGAGGUACAUGGUGGCAGACAAGUUCAACGAGAUCCAGAAGGCCGUGGGCCCCGAGAUCACCAAGACGGACCUGGUGCCCGCAUUCCAGAACCUGCUCAAGGACUGCGAGGCGGAAGUCCGGGCGGCCGCCGCCCACAAGGUCAAAGACUUCUGCCAGAACCUGCCCGGAGACAUCCAGGAGUCGGUGAUCAUGGGCAACGUCUUGCCGUGCGUCAAGGAGCUGGUUGCGGACGCCAACCAGCACGUCAAGUCCGCUCUGGCGUCCGUCAUCAUGGGGCUCUCCCCCAUCCUGGGGAAGCAGAACACCGUGGAGCACCUGCUGCCCCUGUUCCUGUCCCAGCUGAAGGACGAGUGCCCGGACGUGCGGCUCAACAUCAUCUCGAACCUGGACUGCGUGAACGAGGUGAUCGGCAUCACCCAGCUCAGCCAGUCCCUGCUGCCGGCCAUCGUGGAGCUGGCCGAGGACUCCAAGUGGAGGGUCCGCCUGGCCAUCAUCGAGUACAUGCCCCUGCUGGCCGGACAGCUGGGAGUCGAGUUCUUUGAUGAAAAGUUGAACACAUUGUGCAUGACCUGGCUGGUGGAUCAUGUAUUUGCCAUCAGGGAGGCAGCCACCCAGAACCUGAAGAAGCUGGUGGAGAAGUUUGGUGCAGACUGGGCCACCAGUACUGUCAUCCCCAGGGUGCUGACCAUGGCCCAGGACCAGAACUACCUUCACAGGAUGACCUGCCUCUUCUGUGUCAACGUGCUUGCGGAGGCUUGCGGGCCGGAGAUCACGGCCAAGUGCAUGCUGCCCACUGUCCUGACGCUGGCCAACGACAACGUGGCCAACGUGCGCUUCAACGUUGCCAAGACACUGCAGAGGGUGGGACCCCUGCUGGAGAACGCUGUCUUAGAAAGCCAGGUGAAGCCCUGCUUGGACAAGCUGAACAACGACAACGACAUGGACGUCCGGUAUUUCGCUUCGGAAGCACUGGGAGCCAUACCUCACAGCAAUGCAGAGUGCGAAAGAAUAAUCAGUAGUUAG